GUUGGCCUUUUCGUAGAAGGGACUAAGGGCUCUCAACCUUGACCGCUUCACUUGGAACGUUAUGUACUUUUAAUUGCGAGUGUUCACGAUUCAUUCGAUUGCUAUCGAUCCCAUAAUUACGACAACCGUCUUGCCGGACUUGAAAAAGUGCCCAUUUCGUUAACGGCCAGAGCCAUAAUAGUUCGCUAAUCAAAUUCCAGCCAUCAACCGAAAAAUUACUAAUUGUUGAGUAAAUAAGAAAUUUGAUUUGGGGCCUACAAGUGGAUACUUCGCGUUCGUAACCGCACAACUAUACGCGGAAAUAAACGCUGCUUAAGAUAAGACAAAACGGAAUUGAGUUCAUGAAAUUACUAAAACGAAGGUGUUAAUACCCAUACAUACCGAGCUUCAGAUUAAAAUUCAAAAACGUUUAAACGUGGCCAUGGUUUCGAAAGAGCGCGGACUGGCAGCCAAUGGCCUGUUUUUACUAUUCCUAAUUUUUCCAAUAUUAUUCACGAAAGUAGAAUGUAACGAUAACUUGCGCGUUGCUUAUGAAUGGAAGCAGAUAGAUUUCAACUACCCAAGCGAAGAACAGCGGCAGCAAGCCAUCGACAGCAAGGAAUUCAUAGCGGCCAACGUGAUACCACUCGGCUUAGAAGUCUAUCGAUCAAGGCUGUUCGUUACUUUGCCUCGAUGGAAAGGUGGAGUUCCAGCUUCAUUGGCUUACCUUGAUCUUAAUGAUAAUACAACGAAAUCACCGAGACUGACACCUUUCCCCAGCUGGCAAGCUCAUCGAUUAUCAUCUGAUGAUCCACCUGAAAUUGUGUCCCCUUUCCGAAUCCGAGCUGAUAAAUGCGGACGUCUUUGGGUUCUCGACACUGGCGUCGCUGACAUACUAGGAAAUACUACCGUUUUACGCCCAACCACCUUGCUAGUCUACGAUUUACAUAAUGAUAAUCUACUCCGAAGGUUCCCAUUCACAUCUGGUUUGACGAAACAGGAUACCUUUUUCGCCAAUAUCGCUGUUGAAGAUGGUGACUGUAUGGAUACUUUUGUGUACUGUGGUGAUUUAGGAGCAUCAGGACUUGUCGUUUACUCAUGGAAGCAACAGGAUGCAUGGAGAGUUAAUCACAAUUAUUUCCAUCCUGAUCCUUUGGCUGGAAACUACAGUAUUGACGGAAUAAGUUUCCAGUGGGAUGACGGACUGUUUGGAUUGGCUAUAUCGAAACAGCAACCGGAUGGGUAUGCUACGCUCUACUUCCAUCCACUCAGUUCAACAAUGGAGUUCUCAGUGUCAACGAUGAUUCUGAGGAAUAAGACGAAGGCUACCUCGAAUGAUAUCUAUAAGGAAUUUAAGAUUCUGGGUUCACGUGGACCGAACGCCCAAGCGGGUGCUUCUUUCCUUGACCAAUUGACUGGGGUUUUGUUCUAUGCACUUCCAAAUUUGAAUGCAGUUGCUUGCUGGAAGACUUCAAAUCGGGCGUAUACCAUCAAAUCACAAGGACGUGUCUACAUGAGUUCAACUGAAAUGGUUUUCCCAAAUGAUAUCAAGGUUGAUGAUCAGGAUCGUCUCUGGGUUCUGUCUGAUCGACUUCAUAAAUACAUGUAUGCUGAGCUGGAUAGCAAUGAUGUGAAUUUCCGGAUUUUGACUGCUCAUGUCCAGGAAGCUAUCGAAAAUACGGCUUGUGAUACCAAGACGAAGCCAUUGCCGGAUAUUAUCAACCGUUUGGGUGACAUCCUGCGACCCACACAAACUUCACCAAGUUCAGCACCAUCAUUGCAGUCAUUUGGAAUUUAUUCGCUCAUAUUAAGCUUAGUUUUAGGGACUAGAUUUAUGGCAACUAUGUAAAUUAUUGGAAUUUAUUUACUGAAUGCUACUUGUCUACUUUUGCACGUAUUUAGAAUGACCACUUUUAGCUAAGAUUGCAAUUAUAUGAUUAGAUUUAUAUUAAUUUAAUCAUGGUUGGAAAAUUGUUGCUAGUAAAGACCCGAAACGGUUAGAAAUUUGAAAAUUAUUCAGAAAGUUGCUCCAUACACAUAUUUUCAGUUUUGCAUUUUUGCAAUCCUGGAGACUUUGAGUAUGAUUUCUUAUUCGAUUCUAGAUCUGAAAACAGAAUAUGAACAAAAUAAAAUAGAAUAAAAACGCUUAAAAGUUACCAACGUCAGGAUAAACUACAAUUUAUAAACCACAACGAAAAUUAAUUUUAUUUGUAUAGUCAUUAAUUUAUAAAAUACUAGUUUGUGACGAAAUAUGUAUUAUAUUGUAUUUUAAUUUAAUAAACUAAAAUAACU